CGGCUCGCAAUUAAUCGUAGUAGUAUAUUCUGCUGCUUCCGAGACGAACAUACGUGUGUGUGUUAUUAACAUUCGACUGCACAACGUCAGUUUUGAUUUUCUCAUUUUUCGUCUUUCAUUUUCAACAAUCAAAAUAUAAUGGCAAGGUUCGCGAUCAAAGCCAUCAUCGUCACGGCGCUGGUGUGCCUCGUUUUUGACUUGGCCGCGUCCGAUGAGAAUCUUCAGCAACACGGACAGGACGUGCUCCAGCACACGGUCGGGCACGCGACGGCCGACAAGGACGCACCGGAGACGGCUACAUCGUCCAGCUCGUUCAAGGACAAGUUCAAGGGUUUCGUGGCCAGCGUCAAGGAGGGAGCGUCGGAAACACUGGACACCCUGAACGAGAAACGCAAGGAGGCGUAUGCCGGCACCAAGAAGAUUGUGAACGGCGUCAUCGACAAAGUCAAAUCGUUCAACAAAGGGAGCUCCGAGGAGGACGAGCCCAGGGCUCCGGCAUCGUCAUCGUCGGAAGAGCACGUCAAGGACGCCGCCAACAAGGCCAAGGACGCUGUAGUCGACAAGACCCAGAACUUCAUGAAAUCCGAAAAGCUCAAUUGAUGAUCCGUUUACGACAUCUUUCCGAUCACACUAUUCAUACUUUUUAAUUAUAUUUAUAUUUAAUCGUACAAUAAUCAUAUUUCAAUUUUCACGCAUUAAACAAUGAGCUUCCUUAUAAGCAUCAGAGACAAUCUUUUGUCCGUCGACGCCGCCAUGAACGCGUGUCACAAUUUACAUUUAGACAUUUGUAGACAGUUAAGACACGUCUCAGACGGAUGUAAACGUGUAACACGCGUUCUGCGGUGGGCCGUUUUCCAUUUUUACUUACAUUAUAAUACGUCUCCAAUACAUUUAAAAGUAUUAUCUGUAAGCACGAUAAGUGUAAGCCGACAAUAUUAAUACUGUCAAUAUUGUCAAUAUCAUUAAUAUUAAUACUUAUAUUACUCUCUAUUUAUAGACUUGAACUAUUACUAUUAUAUGCAUAUUCGUUAAAUUUAAUACAAUAUUGCAUUAUUUUUUCAACAAAAUAUAUUUACAUAUUUAUUUCUAUUUAAAA